AGGCCUACUCUGGAGAGGCAUCGUCGCCGGACGAGCUGUAUUCUCUCAUGCUCUCGCUCAGGUUGUCUACUAGUGGCACCAGCACAGGACUCGGCCGGUUCGCCGCCGCGAGGUUGGCGGCCGCAGCUCGUGGAGGGAGGAGCGUGUCCGCCGCGCCCGGCAUGGAGCACCCGCGCGACGACACGCACAACACCAAAGAGGACGUGACGAGCCACCCGUUCGGGGUGGCCUACUCCACGAGGUCGGACGAGGAAGGCUUCGGCGGGGUGUACGCGAGGGACGACGACCGGCCGGCGUUCAGCCGUCCAACUGCCGAGGCGCAUCCGACCCAUCCUCCUGACCAUGAUACCUCGCAGGUGAAGGAGGAGAAGGCGCGCCAUCUCAAGGACGACAAGCACGCCACCUAGCUUUCUAGCUUCUCGCCGUCUCAUAAUAAUAAUAUACGAGCGUUUAGCAGUAAUACAAAACGUCUUAUAUUUUUUUUACAGAGGUAGUACAUGCCUCAUCGCAGUUCACCGGCAAAAAAAAAGUAAAGCUUCAUCGCAGUAGCUAGUUUGAAGUUUGCCAUCAGGUGGCUCGAACUGCUUCUGAGGUUUGCAGCGACCGAUACAAAGCCGUGUUUUCAGGAGUUUAUAUCUGCGUGUUGUAAUAAUCAUGUAAAAUACCAAGGAAUGCUUCCGUGCCCUACUAGCUAAGUUAUGUGUGCACCUAGCAUGAGCUGUAAAAUUAAGAUAUGGGUUGUAAAGUUAUAGUGCUCUGUGGGCGUGGGAGCUAGUAGAAUUCUUCUUUGGGCUGGUUUAGUAAGUCGGUUGUAGUGAGUCUUACCUAACGGACUCGAGUCUCCUUGUAAAAAAGAGCAUGUUAUCGGAAGCUUAUAUUGUGAGCUUGAGCUCACAUGAUCUAAGAUGAACAGUAAAAUCUAAGUUA